AUGGAUAUUUUCCCUACAGAAAUGGAGCUUAUGCGACUUAAUAGAUUUGAUUUUCGAAUCCCAUUCGCAUAUUAUAAGAUCAAUCAGAGUCUUGAGGAGCACCACCGAAUGAAGAUAGCUCGAGCCAUUAUUCAUACAAUAAUGGAACAUGAUCCUAACAGAAGUUUAGGAAAAAGAGACUUUAAUCAUUUAACCGGCAUCAUCGUAAAAGUUUUUCCAACUGAAAUACCUGGAACAGAUCGGAAGAGCGUCGUGUAG